AUGACCUACGUUACGGUCCGUUAUCACCACCGAGAUAACCGGCGUUAUAAACGCAUAUUAGUGAACAUCGCGAAGGACUGGGAGUUUCAGACGGACCACUGUCUGCUCAUAUGCGCCACGAGUCUCAUCACGGCGUCGGUCACCGGCUUUUUUCUGGCGACUCUCAUGAUAGCCGUCGUCAUAAUGGCGCGUAAGGCGGGCGUCAACCCCGACAACUGCAGUACACUAAUCGCCGCCUUUUUGGGCGACAUAUCGGCGGUCGUGAUGUUAGCCGGCACAGCCAAACUGCUAUUCACGGUGCGCCACAUCCAGUGGAUUGCGCCCACGUUUAUCGUCAUAUUCGUAGCGCUGCUACCGUUCCUCAUAUUCAUCGCUAAGAAUAACGAAUACACCAGAGAUUUGAUUGACAAGGGAUGGUAUCCCAUCAUUAUAGCCAUGUUCAUCUCGAGCAUCGGUGGCUUUAUAUUUGAUUUCGCGGUCAGUGUUUUCGAGACCAUCGCUAUAUUCCAGCCCAUAAUCAAUGGUGUAGGCGCUAACUUAGUGGCUGUUCAGGCGAGCAGGAUAUCCACGUAUUUGCAUCAGAGGUGCGCUUUGGGUGAAAAACCUCCGACCAGUUGUAAAGUGAAUACAAAUAUCUGUCAAUUACCUCAUAAUGUGUUUGUGGGCUCCAGUGAACUCAUACAAUGGGAUGAUGUGACCCUUACAGUGCCAUUUGUGAGCACCUAUUUAUUGGUGGCUGUCAUACAAGUGUCCAUUCUCUUAUACAUCGCUCACGCAACGGGAGAUCUGAUAGGAACGGCAUUAUUAACGAUCGCUUUCAUGCUAAUGUGA